AUGGCGACAACAAAUAUAACGGGAAGUGGAACAAACGCGCAAACAUUUGAAGAAUCGCUAUGCUCCUCGGUUUGGGUAGGUGAGUUUAAACAACAGUCCAUUUCAUUCUCAGCAAUAAACAUUCUCCUCUUCACCACAGCAAUUCUUGGGAAUUCUCUUAUUCUUGUUGCCCUUCACAAGGAAUCUUCCCUCCAUUCGCCAUCCAAACUCUUGUAUCGUUGUCUGGCAACGACUGAUCUAUUGGUUGGUCUUGUUACCCAGCCUCUCUAUACUACCUACUGGAUGUCUUUGGUUCACGAACACUGGAGUCUUUGUCACUACGCAAGGGACGCAGUCUACGUUUCAAGCUAUGCAUUAUGUUCAGUGUCUUUGUUGACUUUAACAGCCAUAAGCGUGGACCGACUUCUCGCCAUGUUGUUGGGACUGAGAUACAAAGAGGUUGUAACUUUGAGGCGUACGUAUAUUAUUUUAGCCAUCUUUUGGGUUGUAUGUAUAGUCGCUGGUUUAUUCUCUCAUCUCAAUUACCGUAUAGGCCUUUGGUGCAGCUUUUUAAUUACACCAUCCUGUUUGAUAAUCUCAGUCGCCUCGUACACAAAGAUUUUCUGCGCUCUCAGUCAUCAUCAGGCUCAAAUACGAGAUUAUGCUCAGCAACAGCCGAGCCAACCGAAUGCACUGAACAUGGCGCGAUACAAAAAGGCAGUCUACAAUGCGCUGUGGGUGCAGUUAGCUUUAGUUGUCUGUUAUGUACCACAAUUUACAGUGAAAAUUGUGAUCUUUCUUAGUACAAAGAGUGGAAUUUCGAAUUUCUUCAUAUUCCUGGGAAUGGCAAAUGUCUUAGUGUUCUUCAACUCUACUUUAAACCCGUUCCUUUACUGCUGGAAGAUAAGUGAAGUGAGACGAGCAGUAAAGCAGACAAUCAGACAAGCAAUCUGCUAUGCAGAGGGGUAG